CAACCGUUGAUAACGGCUGGGUUUUCAAAACUUCCUCAGCGGUUAAGAAACACCAACGAGUCUUUUCUACUAGCUAACAACGUUAAAUGUAAGACAGAAAUCGCACUAACAGUAGUCCGACGGGCGUUUUUAAUUGUAUCGGUGACUGAGUUUUGGUGAGGGCAAACAAAAUGAUAUUGCAAAGUUAACAAGAGAGAACUAAGUUUUUCAACAGUGAAGGUGGUGAUAUUGCCAGAGCUCUUUAUGAUGGAUGCAAAUGAUUCAAAUGCAAACAAGCAUGAAUCUCAGGCCAAAUACAAGCAGGCAAGAGAAGAGCGAAAGAUGCUCCUCACCACUGCACACAACUGCAUGAUUGACAUCCUGGCUGACAGGCUGUCCUUGGAGCCAACAGCAGUAGAGGAAUUUAUUUUAGAUUCUUCAUCUCUGCCUGCUUUUGUUAAUUUCUUCGCCAAAGGAGGUUGUAAAACCAUUUCCUUUGUGUAUCAAGAGUAUGAAGUCCCAGGAAUAGAAUGUGGACGCUCAUAUCCUGGGACUACCAAAGAGGGAAAAGUACUGAGGCUGUUUUUAGCCGAUCUGUUUCAAAAAUGUCUUACAGGCAUUUGCUGUUCUUUCACACGGACUAGAGUGGUCUUUCCUGUGAAUUUGGAAAACAUACAUGAGGAGAUCUUCUUUUCAAUGGUCGAUGCCAGAGAAGGCCUCCUGAAAGGAACAAGGAAUGCCUACAACUUCUUGCCACCAGCUCUUGACGCUGCACAAAACUGGGGUGUCUUAGAUAAGUCUAGACAUGGAGAAAAAUUAAAAAAAGAACUUCCAAGUACACAACAAAACGUUUCCUUACCUCUUUAG